GCCGCGCUCAGGCCGCUCUAGCCGCCUUCUCGCUGAUCCGCCAGGCGGCCGGCGCGCCGGGGGGUCCUCCAAGAUGGCGGCGCAGAGGAGGAGCCUGCUGCAGAGUGAGCAGCAGCCAAGCUGGACGGAUGACCUGCCACUUUGCCACCUCUCUGGGGUUGGCACGGCCUCCAACCGCAGCUACUCUGCUGAUGGCAAGGGCACAGAGAGCCACCCACCUGAGGACAGCUGGCUCAAGUUCAGGAGCGAGAACAACUGCUUCCUGUACGGGGUCUUCAAUGGCUACGAUGGCAACCGGGUGACCAGCUUCGUGGCCCAGCGGCUGUCCGCAGAGCUCUUGCUGGGCCAGCUCAACGCCGAGCACACGGAGGCCGACGUGCGGCGGGUGCUGCUGCAGGCCUUCGACGUGGUGGAGAGGAGCUUCCUGGAAUCCAUCGACGAUGCCUUGGCAGAGAAGGCGAGCCUGCAGUCCCAGCUGCCAGAGGGUGUCCCUCAGCACCAGCUGCCUCCUCAGUAUCAGAAGAUCCUCGAGAGACUCAGGACGUUGGAGAGGGAGGUUUCGGGAGGAGCCAUGGCUGUUGUCGCAGUCCUUCUCAACAACAAGCUGUACGUCGCCAAUGUCGGUACGAACCGUGCGCUUCUGUGCAAGUCCACAGUGGACGGGCUGCAAGUGACACAGCUGAACAUGGACCACACCACAGAGAAUGAGGACGAGCUCUUCCGCCUCUCGCAGCUAGGUCUGGAUGCAGGUAAGAUCAAGCAAGUGGGGAUCAUCUGUGGGCAGGAGAGCACCAGGCGCAUCGGGGACUACAAGGUCAAGUACGGCUACACGGACAUCGAGCUGCUCAGUGCUGCCAAGUCCAGACCCAUCAUUGCGGAGCCAGAAAUCCAUGGUGCGCAGCCCCUGGACGGUGUCACCGGCUUCCUGGUGCUGAUGUCCGAGGGGCUCUACAAGGCCCUGGAGGCAGCCCAUGGACCUGGGCAGGCCAACCAGGAGAUCGCCGCGAUGAUUGACACCGAGUUUGCCAAGCAGACCUCCCUGGAUGCAGUGGCCCAGGCCGUGGUGGACCGGGUGAGGCGUAUCCAUGGUGACACCUUUGCCAGUGGUGGGGAACGUGCCAAGUUCUGCCCCCGGCACGAGGACAUGACCCUGCUGGUGAGGAACUUUGGCUACCCCCUGGGGGAACUGAGCCAGCCCACAGCAACCCCAGCCUCAGCUGCAGGGGGACGUGUGUACCCCGUGUCCGUGCCUUACUCAAGUGCCCAGAGCACCAGCAAGACCAGCGUGACCCUCUCCCUCGUCAUGCCCUCCCAGGGCCAGAUGGUCAACGGGGCCCACAGUGCUUCCACCCUGGACGAAGCCACCCCAACCCUCACCAACCAGAGCCCGACUAUGACCCUGCAGUCCACCAACACACACACCCAGAGCAGCAGCUCCAGCUCGGACGGGGGCCUCUUCCGCUCCCGGCCCGCCCACUCACUCCCGCCCGGUGAGGAUGGCCGUGUCGAGCCCUACGUGGACUUCGCCGAGUUCUACCGCCUCUGGAGUGUGGACCACGGCGAGCAGAGCGUGAUGACCGCACCAUAGCCCUUGAGCAGGGCCUCGUGUGGGACCAGUGGCCUUUCCUCACGUUUGCGGUGCCACAGAGCAGCAAGCGCUCUGCCCUCAGCCUGCACCAGCCCAUCCCACCGCUCAGGGCCGUGGGUGUGUGUGGCCCACACCCUGUCACCACACUGCAGGCUGGGGCCCUUCCGAGUGGAAGCUGCUGCAGACCACCCAGGGUUCUUCCAGCCAGGUGCAGUGGGACAGGAAGAGGGCAGCCUGUGAGCCCGAGUGUCACAGGCCCAACAGACACUGCUCGCUCAAGUGGACCCCCACCUCCUCGGAAUUACCUGUGGCCACUGUUGGUCCUGACAGCUCUGGAUAGCGGUGGGCUCCUCCCUUCUCUAGCCUCAGCCCUGUACCCCUAAAUCCAUAGUGGAAGCUGAGACAGUGCCUUCACCUGCCCUGGGCCCCCUCCCUGCCCUGCCCUGAUUGUGGUCAGUGGUCAGUGUUCAAGCCUGGGAUGGCCACAAGGGCAGGUCAGUGGAAAGGAGCUUGAGUAGUCAGGACUAAGGGAAGUGCCUGUCCCAGAGUCACCCAAAGAGCACUGGGCAGAGGGCUUCCGGAGGGGGCAGCAGGAGGCUGUGCCUGCUGAGCCACGGCAGUAGCCGCUCUUGUCAGGCCCUGUGCCGGGCGAGCUGGUGCCCACACUCCCCCAGGUGGGGGUGCUCCCGAGAUUGGCCAUCUUUGCCAUUGAUGGCGGGUCAGGCCAGAGGCUCCUGUGAGAGGGAAGAGGUCUUCGAGACCUGGAUGCCCAGGGAGGCCAAGGGACUUGGGGGUGGGCACCGUCUGUACUACGUGGGAAGGAUCAGGCCGACCUGGGCCCCCAGCUGGGCCCUUUGGACAUAUCCUCUGCCCUUAAUGGGGAGGGGAAGCCGCAGGGCCUUCUGUCCGCAGGAAGGAAUGAGACCCAGAGACUUGCCCCUUCCCACGUCCUGCAUCAGCCAUGGAGCCAGAGCUCUGAGGCCUCGCGGUUCCCUGCUGCCCCGCCAGCCCUAACCCCUGCCCACGGUGCCCCAACACAGCCCCCCAUGCCGCUGUGCUCCCUCGGGCCCCCGCAGCCCAGGCAGCCCCAUUGCACAGCAGAGCAGGGCCCCGCAAGUGUGUGGGGGGGACCCCAGUACAUGCGGUGGUGGCAACAUCUUGCUGAGGGCGCGGGCGCCCCUCCACCCUGCAGCCAUCUCUGUUCUGCCGCAGAGGCUUGGUGACAAAGGGAACUCUUCCAAGAACGUCUCUCUGAUGCUGUCUGGUCUCUAGAAAUAGAGUCCUUUUCAGUGCAGUGAGGAAGUACUGCA